AUGGCACCUGCCACAUCUUCCCUCCGAGGAGUCGAUCCUUCUGCUCCAGGCAACAUCAUCCGCGCCGCCCUUGCCUUAGAGUCCCUCGUCACAGUUGGUGCGGGUACCUACUUCAUGUUCUUUCCACGCCACUAUUUGCUUCACGCAAUGGAAGCUGCUGCGGCUGAAGUCACGACAACAGCACUACAACUCGUUCAGCAAUUUGGUGCUGUGAACAUCCUCGUCGGUGCCACCGUUGGCCUCUUUACAUCCAACGCCAAGAAUGCGAUUGACACCCGUCAGAUACUAUAUUCCGUCAUACUGGUCUUUGAGCUUCUGUAUAUCCCACUACUAAUGUGGCAAACGUUCAUGAUGGAGGGCGGCAUGCCAAGAAAAUCGUCGUUGGCUUCAGCGUCGCAGUUUGUGCCUUGGGUGGUAUGGAGAAUUUUUACACUUGGUUGGAAGCCCGAGUGGUUUGGACGAUAUCAGGAGGGAAGAAAGAUCGAGUAG